GUUGACACAAAAGGGGAAAAUAGCCUAUCUUUUGCGGUCUCGAAAGGAUGGUCGCUUGCUAGGUACCAUAGACACCGCGUUAGCAGCACAUAGCAUAAACGUGUUAACUUAUUCUGUUCGUCACAUUCCCUCAAAAUGUCUAAAAUGCGGCUGUUGCAGGUUUAUCUAAACGAGCGGUUAACAGCGGUGGCUGUUGAGAUAUUUGGGGCCGUGGAAAAUACCAUAGGAGAGUACCAGGAAGAAAUCUCCCGUUCAAAUGAGGAGAUCGAACGUCUACGUAGGCUACUGGAUUUGGUUUGCAAACCUGACAUACAGAGACCAGACACCCAGCAGCUCAUUCUCCCUGUCCCUGAAGAGGAGGUUCCCACUGAGCAGCAGCACUGUGAGCAGGAGUGGAGCCCCAGUCUGGUCCAGGAGGACGCAGAGCCCACUCCGAUUAAAGAGGAACAGGAGGAGUUUGGGACCAGUCARGAGGAAGAGCAGCUUCAGGGGCUGGAGUCUGAUAUCAAAGAGUUCAUAUUCUCUCUUCCCUGUGUGAAAAGUGACUAUGAUCAGGACCCUCCUCAGCCCGUAUAUCUUCCCCAAACCCAGACUAUGGAGAACAGAGAGGGGGACUCUCUUCCCACCAAAACAACUGAAGAUAUCAAAACAGAACUUGAUGGGGAGGGCUAUGGGGUAUAUGAACCAAACAAUGAAUUAAAUCCCUUUUCUCCAGUAAAUUCUGACUGUUCUGCAGCUCAUAUUGGGAACAGUGAAAGUAUAGGGCUAAUGUCAGGGUUACAGCCACUCAAAUCAAAGACAACAUGGACAAAGAAAGUACAAAGCUCUAUUAAGACCAGGGAAGCCAGUGAACUGAAAGUUCCAUUGAGGGCGGCUCACUCAGGGGAGAGACCACACAGGUGUCCUGUCUGCAGGAAAUGCUUUCUGAAAAUUAGCAUUUUAAAAACUCAUCAGAGAAUUCACACUGGGGAGAAACCAUAUUGUUGCAAUGUAUGUGGCAAGAGUUUCAGAGAGAAGAGAACCCUUACCAGUCACAGGCUGACUCACUCAGGGGAGAAACCAUAUCAAUGCAAAGAAUGUGGCAAAUGCUUCAGUCAAAAGAAAAUCCUGACCAUACAUAUGAGGACGCACACUGGAGAGAAACCGUAUCAGUGCAAAGAAUGUGGUAAAUGCUUCACUCACAGUGGAUCCCAAGCAGCACAUUUGAGGAUUCAUACAGGGGAGAGACCAUAUAAGUGCCCUAUGUGUGUGAAAUGCUUCAGAACAGCAAGUCAUCUAAAACGGCACCAGCGAAGUCACAGAGGAGAACAACCACAUUGUUGACUUUUUUUGUAGUAAACGCUUCACUUGUAAGAAUGACAUUUGCCGACAUCCGCAUAGCAGUUGUUUUGGCGGUGUCGAGUUGGAACUGCAUUAAGAGCUGUGAAAUCCACAAGCGCUGCUUGUGUUGCCUUUUUGCAGACACUGCCAUUGGAUGCAACGAAACCACACCCUACUUUAUAUCCGACAAUUCCCAUACAGCCACGUUACAAAUUUAAACACUUGAAUGUGUGAUGUUCUAUUGUCUACACUUCAAUUAGACUGAUAGACUAUAAAUCCCCUAAUCCCAAAUGAA